AUGGAGGAUGCAAUGGCGUCUUGGCAGGACGUGAACUGGACGACCUUCGCCUUCAGGCCAAUCGUGCUCUUCACAGUAGUCUACCUGCUGUAUCGACUGACCACCGCAUACAUCAACGAGCGGUCCUUCCAGAUCUUCGCCAAGCAGAAUGGAUGUCAGCCUCCUCUUGAUCUCUCGGGACCAUGGUACAGGCGCUUCGAUCGACUGCGUAGAGUCCUCAACCUGAGGAAGAGCGGCGAAGACAUCCUGGAUGAUAUCAUUGCGGCCGACUUUGCCAACAGCGUGGGAACUGUUCAGCGUACCAUGCACGAAGGAUCACAGGUCAUCACUACGAUCGAGCCUGCAAAUCUGCAAAGCAUGCUCGCCACUCAGUUCGAAGACUUCGGUACUGGACACCUUCGAUAUUUGCAGCUUGGUCCAGUCCUUGGUCGUAGCAUCUUCACUAGCGAUGGUCCAUUCUGGGCCCACUCGCGAGCACUGUUCAGACCGCAGUUCUCUAGGGACAAUAUCAAUGAUCUCGAAAGUACGGAGAAAGCUGCCAAAGUAUAUGUAUCUGCUCUGGGCGAGAUAGAUGCUAGUGGCUGGACCAGCAACGUAGACCUGCAGCCUAUGAACUUCAGCUUUACUCUUGACACAGCGAGUGAUUUCCUCUUUGGUGAAUCUGUCGAUUCGCAAUCGAGUAGAUUGCCUGCUGGAUCAGCUCAGCAUGAGAGUUCUGCAGGCAUGGAGACUGCCCGGGCUCAAGCCGUGUCGAAGCAAUUCCUUGACGACUUCGAAAUCCUUAGUCACACGAUCAUCAUGCGCAUCCGUAUGUCGUCGCUGUACUGGGUCAUGGACAGCUUCAAGUUUCGUAAAGCAGUGGCACGGGUUCAGAACUUCACAGAAUACUAUGUGAAUAAAUCCAUCGAGAGUGCUAAAGCUGGGAAGAUUGAAGGUCAGUCUGAUAAUCUACUCGCUCGUCUCGCUUCGGAUACACAAGAUAGGGAGGAGCUUCGCAAUCAGACACUUGCAAUCCUUUUCGCCGGACGAGACACCACUGCUGGUCUACUUGGAUGGUGCUUCAUGCGUCUGGCACUCCAUCCGGACAUCUUGUCUAAACUUCGACAGAUUAUACUAUCGGACUUCAAGGCCAAUGACCCUAUCACUUUCGCCAAGAUCAAAGGAUGUCGAUAUCUUCAGCACUUUUUGAACGAGGUCUUGCGUAUUCACCCGCUAGUGCCGAUCAACUCUCGACAAGCCAUGAAGCAUACGACUCUUCCAGCCGGUGGUGGCCCUGAUGGCAAGUCGCCUAUCGCCGUGCGCAAAGGUCAAUUCGUUGCCUUCUCCGUCUACUUGAUGCAGCGUCGCAAAGAUCUUUGGGGUGAGGACGCCCUCGAGUUCAAGCCCGAAAGAUGGGAAGAGAAAGUACCGGCCUGGCAGUAUCUGCCUUUCUUGGGCGGUCCUCGAAUCUGCAUCGGGCAACAAUUCGCGUUGACUGAAGCCAGCUACCUGCUGAUCAGGCUCUUGCAGAAAUUCGAUAAGAUCGAGCCAACGGACCUGCAAGAAAUGCGGCAGAUGCGGAAAGCCCUCGGGCUCACGAUGUGGCCUCGAGAUGGUGUGAAAGUCAGGCUGCAUAGAGCUUCGUCUUGA